AUGAGCGUGCAAAACAUACACAAAAAAUUCAGCGUACAAUCAGUGGGUGACGAGGAGUCCAGAGUUGGGCGUCGUUCUAUCGUGAAAGAAAAUGAGGUAGCUUAUGCCGAAAUUCCAACGGAGGUGGUACCUGAGGAUAUUGAGGCAGAAGAGGAAGAGGAAAAUGAACUACAAUUAUUUGAUGAUGAGCAAAAAUCACUGCCUCCUAUGAGCAAUUGGUUUAACAAAUUGGCCUCAUACACAGGUGGCAUUGAACCGACUGUUGAUGAGACAAAACAACUUCGUGAAAAACAGGUUCAAGCCCAACCUAAAAAGCAACUGGGCACACUGUUGGGUGUCUUCUUACCAUGUUGCCAGAAUAUUUUGGGCCUUAUAUUGUUCGUCCGUUGUGGUUGGAUCACUGGAGUCGCAGGUGCAUUUCAAUCUUUCCUCAUCGUACUCAUGUGCUGCUCUUGUACCAUGCUUACGGCUCUCAGUAUGUCUGCGAUCGCAACUAAUGGCAAAGUUCCAGCUGGUGGAUCUUAUUUUAUGAUAUCUCGAUCAAUCGGUCCGGAAUUUGGCGGUGCUGUCGGUCUGCUAUUCUAUCUGGGCACCACAAUAGCAUCUGCCAUGUAUCUGGUCGGUGCGGUGGAGGUGUUUUUGAAAUACAUAUGCCCGCAAGCUUCACUUUUCGGUGACAUAACUAGCGAUGCCGCUCUGUUCAAUAACACUCGGAUCUACGGUACCAUCCUGUUACUGAUGGUUAUGUGUUGUGUCCUUCUGGGGAUUAAAUUUGUCAGCCGAUUUGCCGCCAUUGGUUUGGUUGCUGUGAUUUGUUCCGUCAUUUGCGUCUACCUGGGUGUAUUCGUUGCAACCCCGGAACGAAGUCCCCAGUGA